UCCUAAAAGCAGCGAUGGCGGCUCCCACAGAAAGCACGAGUGAAACGCCAACAAAUAAAAAACUGAAAAAGAGCAAAAAUACAGAUGACGCUGAUCUGCUGACAGUCCCAGAUGACUGGAAAGAGCCGAAGUUCACCAAAGCGGACAAUCCUAAAGGUCUGCUGGAGGAGAGCAGCUUCGCCACACUUUUCCCCAAAUACAGAGAGGCGUAUCUGAAAGAGUGCUGGCCGCUAGUGCAGAAGGCUCUCGCGGAGCUCUUCAUCAAUGCCACGCUGGACCUGAUUGAAGGCAGUAUGACGGUGAACACGACCAAGAAAACAUUUGAUCCGUAUUCAAUCAUCAGAGCGAGGGAUCUCAUCAAGUUACUGGCUAGAAGUGUGCCGUUUGAACAGGCUGUACGGAUCCUCGAUGAUGACAUGGCAUGUGACAUCAUAAAAAUUGGGACUCUCGUCCGCAACCGAGAGCGUUUUGUGAAGAGACGACAAAGACUGAUCGGCCCCAAAGGCUCCACACUGAAGGCUUUAGAGCUACUGACAAACUGUUAUGUGAUGGUUCAGGGAAACACAGUGUCUGCUUUAGGCCCGUUCAACGGCUUGAAGGAGGUGAGGAAGGUUGUUCUGGACACAAUGAAGAACAUUCACCCCAUUUACAACAUAAAGACACUGAUGAUCAAGCGUGAGCUGGCAAAUGACCCAGAGCUGCGCACUCAGAGUUGGAGCAGAUUUCUGCCAAACUUCAGACACAAGAGUCUCUCCAAACGCAAGCAGCCCAAGAAGAAGAGGGUGAAGAAGGAGUACACGCCGUUCCCGCCGCCACAGCCUGAGAGCAAGAUUGAUAAGGAGCUGGCGACGGGCGAGUUUUUCCUGCGCGAGAGCGAGAAAAGACGAAAGAAGAUGAGUGAGAUUAAGGUGAAGCAGGCCGAGGCUUUAUCUAAACGACAAGAGGAGCGAAAGAAAGCCUUCGUUCCUCCCAAAGAGAAAACAGCAGUGAAGAAGAGCAAACCAGCGACCUCAGAAAACAAAAUUGACGUUCAAGCCAUUAAAGAAAAAGUGAAGAAAGCGAAAAAUAAAAAGCUCGGAGCUCCUCCUGUAAACCCCGACGUGUCUUCAGCGAAAGAUGGCAAACAGAAGAAAAACAAGAGCUAACAAACUCUGGACACCCACAAAAAUAUGUCAAAUAUUGUGUUUAUUAGCCGUAUGUUUAUAUUAAACUGUCUGAUUUCAA